AAGCGAAGAGCGAUCAUGCCAGCUGUGAUCGUCGUCUGCACGCGGUGAUCGGUGCACGUGGUCGUUCGCGAGUGAUCGUGAAUUCGCGACCUCACCUUGGCCGGACAGUUUCUCCAUGGAGCCGGGCCCGAUCCUCCAAUGAAACCGAAAAAUCUGCCUCGGGUAAAAGUGAAGCGAACGAUCCGAGCGGUGAAAUCCGCGGCGACCUCUCGAGCACAGCCUCGCUGGAUCGGCAGUGAUCUAGGGGCCGAGUUCGCGCUAGUUAGCUGUUACGCUCUCUGUACGGUUACGGCGAACCGUUCUCUCGGCGGAACUUUUUCCUACGGGGCUCGCAAAGUGGAGUGCAGCAACCGGUGAAUGUAAGGCGAAGAUCGGCCCGAAGAGUGUCUUCGAAGUAGAAGUGGGCAUCGGACUGUGACAAGAGACUGCAGGACUUUCGUUGCUCUAGACACAGUGUCUGGCGGCAAUAAGGUCAAUAAAGUGGUGUGUACGAAGUAGUACGAAGAGAUGAGAAGACUGUUAAUAGGAUAGAAUCCUUUCGCUGACAACACUUCGACAGCAGAGGCAACAACGUCCAACGAUCGAUGAGAUCCGUAUCUUCUGAUCUUUGCAUAACGCUGACUUCGAUUGCACGUGGUAGCGAAGCGAAGAGAACACUUGAACACACACACACGCGCGCACGCACGCACACAAAGUGCUCGAUAAGAUAGCCGGAAUUCAAACAGCAGUUCGGUUAGGGGAUUCAGAUGGGACUUCCACUUUCCCAACCGAGAACAUUCGUGACUAAGUUUCCUGCACUUUGAGUCCACGGAUUGGGUAGAGGACAUCUGGUCCGGUUUCAUGGGAACAAACAUGCCGGACGUUAAACAGGAGAAGGGCAAAGCCAGCGAUCGUGUCAGCCUUAGACAGGGUCCAAGAUCGAGACCGUGCGAGGAUCACGGCGAGGACGAUUGCCACAGCGAGUACGAGCACGAGUUCGAGUCGCUGGAGUACGAGGAGGACGCCUAUUACUCGAAACUGACGGCGACUCCCAGCUUCGACGAUGUUAACGAGCUCAGCGACGCUGACGAGAUCGUCGUGCAUUGCUGGCGCGAUUCGAACGGCGAGAUAGAUGAAAUCGUGGUCGACGACGGCAAUUUGUCCGUCGAGACCCAGUUCCUGUCCGAGGACACUGAGGACGGCGCCACCGACCGCAGGAAUAAGAAGAAGAAGCGAAAGUCGGUCCGAGUGAUCUUCCAGGACUUCUCGAAGCCGUACCUCGCAAAGAUCAGCAACAGCCAGAAUUACAAGAAGUUCCUCGAAUUGGUAAAAGGAGAAGAUGCCACGAUGCACUCGUCAGGCUUCAUCUCGCCAUCCUCGGACACCGUUGUGAACGAGUUGCAAGGACUCUCCUUGGAGGAGCAGGAUCGCCAGAAAGCAGAAUGGAGCGCGGAACUCGCCAGAGUCGAAGAGGAGAUACAGACACUGAGACACGUGCUGGCGAACAAAAUCCGGGUCUCUCAAGAGCUGAAGAGGCAAUUGGGCAUCAGCGUAUGGAAAGAGAUCACGGACGAUAUGAACCAGGGCUUGAAAAACGUAAAGGAGAGCCAAGUUUAUCAGAACGUCGGAGAGAAACUCGGUCAGUUCACCAAGGCAGUCUCCGAGAACACUUUAUUUCAGAAGACGGAGUCCGUCUUCAAGACCACGGCUGAGAAAACGACCAGCAUCUUAGGAGGCUUUGGGAGCGGAUUGACCAUGAAGCUCGGUCAGAUGCGCAACUCCGACAGCUUCCGCUCGCUGGAGGAACGCGUCGGAUCGGCUUAUGAAAACAUGAAGACCAAAGUUGUGCCUUCAAGAUCCACUUCGAUGCAGAGCUUCGAUGACGCACUUCGAGAGACCGAGGCGGCGAGACGCGCGUCCGCUGCACCGUCGGCGACCAGUCCAACCAUUCCCGAAGACAAGCUUCUCUCUUAGAGCCGGCCCUCGAGUCCACAUCGACACCCGCCUCUUCUCUGCGUAACAUGCUGACGCGUCGAUCCGUGACGCCAGGUGUUUCGCCCUAUGCUACCUGUAAUCACUUUUCUACCGCAUUGCUAUAACCAGGGCUAAACGAUUCUCGCGUACAAUGGAUGGUGUACGAACCCCUUGGACGACGGUAUGGCUAGGUCCUUUCUCUACCGAGCUUUUCGAACGCCUCAUCCCAAUUCUCGGCUUCUAUCGGCUGACAAUUGCCGUCUAGUUUUAUUGGAACUCGGGACCCUGACAUAAGAGGAUGAACGCGUUACGGGGGAAUGCAGAGUGCAUGGAAAAUGAUUACACCAAGGAUACAGAUUGCAUUGUACAGCUUCGUUUAGUUUUGAGAAAAUUUGACUUGAAUAAUUUGAUUACUCUAGAUUUCAUAGCUGGUCUUGCUUAAAUUUGACGAUUUGACCAAUAGAAAUUUUAUAAUUUGUUCAACUUAAAUUUCACAAUUCGAGUAAUUUAAGUUCGAUAAGUUUCAUUAACUUAACAUCGACGACACGACUAACUUAAAUUUGACAAUUUGACUGUUGUCAAAUACUGAAAUACAAAUCAGUUCGUUCUACAUUUUUAGUUACCUACCUUCAGUCUCCGUCACAGUUUUUGACUCACUCUGUAUAUCUAGAUGUAUUGAUGAAAAAUGGACCUAAGUACCACCGUUUAAGAGGUCGCAAGGAACAUCCGGCCUUCGAUCGUUGGAGGAUCGAUGGAGCAGCGAGAACGCGACAUAAAUCAUUGUGUAAUUCAAUCGAAGACACCGAUCGAUUAAUGAUCUUUAACUGUGCGUUCCUUUCUACCACGCCAGAGAGUGUGCUCUUUCUAAAGUCGCGAAUCUGAUUGCGGAAGCUGAUUUUCGACGCGAAACAAUCGAUCUUUUUGUUGCGUUCGAUUUAUUUAUCUUUUUAUAUGUAAUUAUUUGGACGACCUCGUCGCGUUCCUCGAUCGAAAUUUGCGAAUUUCGUUUUGGUCGCGCGCGCGCGUUCUUUUCGCAUGCUUAGAAAGCGUCGCGGGCGGUGUUGCAUUUUUGUGUUGGGCCGUCAUGUUACUCAAGAAGAUGGCGAUCAAUUCCUUGUUUUAUUGAACUUCUUUGCACUAUAGCCGUUUUGAUAACGCAUAAGAAUAUAUCGUUGGGUACGUACCUUAAUGUUUUACGUUGCAACCUAUUUUCUUCGCACCGUCGAUACGUGAAAGUAGGCACACGCUUUAAUAGAUACUUACUGAUGACGUUGCGCUCCUCAGCACCGAUGUGUCGAUCCUGCGUCGGGAACCAUGCUAGCACCAUGCGGAAUAACGAUACUAUCCGACGAGAUUCGUGCUUCGACAAUACUGUCCUAAUGAUACGCCGUCGAUUUCUACCGUUUAAUUUCUUUGAAAACCGUCUAUAGUUUGGCUGACCUAGUCCCCGGGACCCGGUAGAAAGUACUGGUGUAAGUGGACCAAGAUAGAGAAAAAAUCUACGACGUUGAUAGAAUUUUCAUUGAAUAUAUCUCUUUGCUGGUCGAUACGGUUAACGAACAGCAUGACACGGCGGAAAGUCUGACAACCAGCAUCGUUCGGUCACGCGACCUCUUGCACCUGCACUCGACGGUCCGAUCUCGGUGGUCGGCCAAACUGUAACACCGAUCGAGCGUAUUCUUUUUAUUUACAUUCUACACAAUUCUGCAGCUUUCGUAUGGUUCUUGUCGCAGCCGUGACGUAGUCGCGAGUCGCGAAAGUGCUACAUGACGAUACGUUUCUUUUCUGUAACAGUAACCAUUGCAUCGGAAAAUAUUUAUCCAUACGAUGUUUAUAGAGGGAAUGAAAGUGACGUUUAUUUGAGAUGUUAAGAAUAAAGAGAUUUUCUAAUCGCAAAUUGUCCCCCACUUGGGAAUCGUGCAUAUUUUUUCUGGAGCUGUGUCAACGGAAUUAUGAUAAUAACGAUCGGAGCGUUUUCCGUUUGAAACGUGCGAACGACCAGAAACAACGAGCGUACACCGAAAAUACGUAAAAGUGUUUGAUGUAUUUAGUCCACGCGACGCGCGAGCUCGCGGAUGACCAUUUACCAAGCUAAGUGUCGAUGCAGAUCCAAUGCAAGUCCUACGUAUAUGUUGGUUUUGCGCUCAUGAUUGUCAUCCACAAUCUGCUAUACAAUCUACUUGUUCAUAUUGGUGAAUAAAUUAUUUUAUGAAAUGCCACA